AUGUACGUGUUCGGCGACGAGUCGGCGGACGUGGGCAACGCGAAUUACUUCAUGCGCGCUUCCGUUAAGGCGAACAAGGCGCCGUACGGCCUCAGCUUCAAGCCCGCGUCAGGUCGCUUCUCCGACGGCAAGCUCGUCGUCGACUACCUUGCCGACUUCCUCGGGAUCGCCUCGCCGCGCGCCGAUCUCGCGCCCCGCAAUGCGUCGCUUCCCUUCACUGGCCUCGAUUACGCCAUAGUAGGCGCCGGCGCCAAAUCCGGCACCAACGGCGGCAAGGUUCAGCCACCUCCUAUCGACAUCGUCCGCCUUCUCCUGGCCGUUUUUCUUUCUCACAUCAUCAUCUUUCCUCCGCCUUCUCGUGGCUUCCCUUUCGGAUGGCGGCAGACGCGCGGGCUGCAGCUGCAGUUCAACGAGUUCAAGAAGUGGUUCAACGAGGCCAAGCGCACCAACAACCCUGACCUCAAGCUGGACGAGGCCCUUUUUGUGGUGAGCAUCGGAGCCAACGACUAUCUCGCCGAGCUCAGCAGCGCGCAGCCCAACAUGACGAAUCUCGUCGCCAUAGCCUCCUCGGUUUCCAACACCGUCAUCAACGUCAUCCAGUCUCUCUACAACCUCACCGGCUCUUCCAACAUUGUUGUUAUCGAUCUGCCGAAUCUCGGCUGCAUUCCUGCUGUGCGCCGUGCGGCAGGCAGUGGAAUCAACUGCACCGAAGCUGGUAACCAGAUUACCACUAUCCACAAUUUCGCGCUGCUGACGAAGACGGACAAGCUUAGAAACAACCCCGCCCUGCCCAUGCCGAACCUGGUGCUCUUCAAGCAAUCAGCCGUCUUCAAGACCAUGAUCCAAGUCCCCACCUCUGUUUCAUACUUCCUCCUCCCUCCUCAAGUGCACGCCUCAACACCCUCUCACCAUUGUUACCCUCCGCUCUUCUUCCUGCCACCAGGCCUGACGAAUCAGACGCACCCGUGUUGCGAGGCGGUGACAAGCACGGGGGUGGUGGUGGCGUGUGCUCAGACCAGCGGCAACGGCAAGGCAGCGGUCACGGCGGGUCCGUGUGCGGCGCCGAGCAAGGCUGUGUGGUGGGAUGCGCGCAACCCCACGCAGGCCGUCAACCAGAAGGUCGCCAACACCCUCUUCUUCUCCACCAACCCCGGCAUGGUCCGCCCCAACGGCCUCCGCAGGUUCUUCUCGCUAUGA